CAUCAUCUUCUGUAAUGAAAGUGCUAUAUCAAGAUCUGACAGGCGAUGUUUCAAAACCAAAUGAUGAGCAAAGUAAAGAUAUUCAAGAGAGGAUAAAAUUAAUGUUAGAUACACAAGAUCCUGACAUAAUGAUAGAUCUGAGAAAAACUAUUGGAGAAAGAUCAACCAAGUUUGAUAUAUUUUGGGACGAGAUGGAAGAUUAUUUUAAUGAAAAUUCACCCUCUGUACAUGAAAGAAGACAUACUACAACUUUGUAUAUGCCAAUUGCUAUGUCUGUCAAUGAUCUUUUACAAACAAUUUUAGAAAGAUUAAGAAAUAAAUACAAUGGUGAUAUUCCCCCAGAAAUUGAAAUACCUUCAAAUGAAUGGGUAAGGCUGCAGUUUUGGCCCAAAAGUGAAUUUGCAAGAAGUAGGAAUACAGGAAGGUUUAGAAUUAGAUAUAAAGUCCAGGCAAGACAGCUUCGUAAAUUUCAUGUUGAUGCUCAUUACUGUGCUGCACUCUGGAAAUACUUCCGUGAAUUCUCAAUCAAAUUUAAAGAUCAUACUACUUUGAUUUGUGCAGAUGAUAAACACAAAGUUCCCAUAGGUGAAUUUGUUGCUACUUCAACAGGAAUACGAAAUAAACAGUCAAUAACACCUUUAGAUGGAAUACUAAAUUCCAGUGACCAUGAUUUCACAAAAUUGUCAUUAACACCUUCAGUUUCUUUGUUUGUUGAUAUUCCUAAUGAAAUCACAGAAUCAUUUUAUAAAGGUCAAGUAUAUGUAGCUUAUAAGGAUACAAUCCUACAACCAAGUUCAGCUCUACGCCAUUCUACUGAAUUUUACAACAAUUAUUGUGCUCAGUUCCAAAACCAUCUUGCAAAACCAAAAAUAUUGCUACUAUAUACUGAUGGUGGCCCAGACCAUCGAUGCACAUAUGGUUCUGUUCAAAUAUCAUUACUAGCUUUGUUUUUAAAAGGAAACUUUGAUUUUUUAGCUGCUGUUCGAACUGCUCCUUAUCACAGUUGGGCAAAUCCAGCAGAACGCAUGAUGUCAAUAUUAAAUCUAGCUUUGCAGGGAGUUGCUUUAAAAAGGGAAUCCAUGAGUGAAUCCUCUGAGAAAUAUUUUGAUAAACUUAAAAAUUUAUCAGAUAUACGUAUUGGUUCUGAAAAAAAUUCUAUAUUCAAAGAAGAACUAAUUGAAUCUAUGAAAAAAACACAAGAUUUUCUUAAUGAAAGAACUUCACAUCUUUCAUUACAUGAUACAAAAUUUAGAAGUAGCUCACCUGCACUAGAAUCAGAUAUAGAAACAUUAUUUGCAUCCAUCUUAUUAAUUGAAGAGCAGAUUACUAUCAAUGAUACUACAUCUGUAGAAUUAAAAAGAUUCCAAAAGCUUAAAAAUUUUAUGAGUACUCAUUGUCAAAUUAGACAGUAUUCUUUUCAAGUUAAAAAAUGCAAUAGGAAUGAGUGCAGAGUUUGUUUACCAAUUGAAUUACCAAUUGAAGUAUAUAAUAAUUUACACUUUUUACCUGAUCCUGAACCAUCAAUAUCAGAUCCUGAUCACUACAAGGAAUUUUCUAGCAUAUAUGGUACUCAAACUUCAGAAAAGUUUCGUCCAAGUAAAUUAGAACAACCAGAAGCAAGUAAUUUGCCACAAGGAAUUUUUAAUAAUAACCGAAUUCGAGAGUUUGUUGAAUGUGAUUUUUGUGGAAAGCCUCGAUGUAUUUAUAGUAUGAAAGCUUUGACAGAACAACAGAUUUCUGCAUUAAGGCUCAAAAUUGAUGAAAAUAACUACACUUGUGGAAUAGAAGGUUGGUCACAGAUGCUUUGUGAUUCUCCAAUUGAAAAUGGAUAUUAUUCAUCUUGCAAAAAAAACCACCUAUUUGCUAUUAUUGUGGCAGAAGCAAUUUAUUAG